AUGGUACUCCAGAUCACUGAAGACAAUCGACAAACCGCUACAGCUCUUUUCACAGCUGAUGGUUUUGAUGAGCUCGUUCCUUCACCUGCAUUCGAUUACCGAACCUAUGAGCUGGACCAAGAUGAAGCGGAGGACAAGCUGUCACUGCUGAUAAAAGGGAUGACAGAAGUUGCAGAUAAAACGGGACGUUUCGUAUAUCAACUCCCAGAUGGUCGAAUCAUCGACACAUGUACGUAUCACAGAUGGGAAUGGCCACAGGCGAUAGGGAUGAACGGUCUCUUCGAUUAUUAUCAACUCAGAUCGUCGCAAGACCCCUCAGAUCCCACCGCACAGCACACUCUAGCCCUGAUGAAAGAAUGGUAUCAUCAGCGGGUAGAAGAGGGCAUCCCCACCAAGAACAUCAACUCCAUGGCAGUGAUGUACAGUGUAGCUUCCUUGCUCGAUCUAGAUCAGCAAAGAGGGAAAGGAUCCUUGCUUUAUGAGGAAUGGAGAGAACGAUUCGAAGGUUGGGUUGAUGAGUGGGCCGAGUGGAUUAUGAAUGAGCUUCCUCGGACACCACAAGGCGGAUUUCAGCAUGUGACCUUCCGACUAGCCAACGAAGGUCAAUUAUGGGACGACACUCUCAUGAUGACAGUCAUACCUCUGACCAAGAUAGGACUCCUUCUGAACCGACCCCACUACAUAGAAGAAGCGGGAACAAGCGGAACUCAUUCGUCCGAUGCACCUUGGGCAAGAGGGAACUGCUGGAUCACCCUGGCAAUACCCAUGUUCCUCGAGCUCACAGAUCUAUCGCCAUCUGAUCCAGUCCAUAGAAUGCUAGUGUCCACCUUACGCCGUCAGGUAGAUGCUCUACUCCCACUUCGAGAUGCUGCAAGUGGUCUAUGGCACACCUUGCUGGAUGACCCGACAAGUUAUGUUGAGACAAGCGGCUCCUCUGGGUUCGUAGGAGGGAUCCUCAUGGCUAUCAGACUAGUGAUAUCCGGUCUAAAAGCUUGCCUAGCUCAAAUCACUCCCACGGGUCAAGUAGGCAACGUAUCGAAGGGCACUCCUGCUGGGAAAGAUCGGAAAUUCUACAAGGGAAUACCAAGGAUGGGGAUGGUAUAUGGAAACAGUUUACUCAUUGUAGCGCUGGUUCAAUGGAUGAGACUGACCAAGGGAGAGAGCAAGUGA